AUGGGGCAGAUGUUGCAGAGGGACGGCUCCUUCCUGCAGCUGGUGCCUCUGUCAUUGCUUCAUAUCCUGUGUCUGCUCAUGUCGUCAGAACUGCUGCGAAAGCACGGAUCAGCGGCGGACUUUCUGAGGCCGACGCAGAACGAGACGCACAAGUCAAGCGGAAACCUGUCAUGUGCCAAACAUCAUGGCGAGAAGAGCCCCGAGAGCACCGGGUGGAAAGGAGCCGUCUGA